GCUAAAAUCAAAUAAUUAUAUUGCGUAUUUAUAGUUACAAUAUUAAUAACGAUAUAAUUAAUUUGGUUUUUUUCUACAAAUCCAAUUACAAUUAUACAGCUGCCAAAAUUUUCGGCUACAAUUGACAAAUGGAUUGAUUCUAUUGAAAUUCUUUCUAUUUCGUCAUUUAUUCAUGUGUAUAUGAUAAUCAUCAUCAAGGUUAAUCUUGAUGAAGAACCUGUCGAACUAGUUGAAAGUUAUCAUAUUGGAUUGGAUAUUGCGGUAGUAUACAUGAACAACAAGUGGUCAAUUGGCACGGCAUGGCUACACCACCACCACCACCACCACGACCACGAUCAUGAUCACAACCACUAUCACCACUACGACGAUUUCGAUAUUGAUUGUAAUAAUUUUUGGAAUGUUCGUGGCUAUUCCACUGCUCGGCUUUUUUUUCAUUUAUCAAUAAAAAAUAAAAAAAAACAUGUGCAUCUUGAAUCUGAUUUAUUAUCUGGUACACGACAUCAUCAAUCGUUACCACCGAUGGGAAGAAUUACUGGUAGUGUUUCGAUUGAAACAUUAGUUCGUGUUGGUAUAGAAAAAGAAAAUGGUCUAUCACCAAACUCGAAAAUGAUUGUAUUACAUGAUUUUACACCAUGUGUUGAUGAUGAACUAGAAGUUAAACGUGGCCAAAUUAUCAAUGUUUUAUAUCAGGAAAAUGAUUGGGUAUAUGUUAUAUCAGCCGAUCAACGUGAUCGAAAUGGCCAACCAACCGAAGGAUUCAUACCGGCAUCUUAUUGUGCUCCAUUACUUGAAACAAAUAUCGAUAAUUUAUUGAUGAAUUUUAAGAAAAAAAUGCCAAGAAGUGGACCGAAUUCUUUGGUUGAUUGUAAUUUCAAUGAAAUCAAUGCAAAUGAAACAAAUUCUAAUAUGUUGAAUAAUAAUAACAAUGAUGACCAACAUCAUCAUCAGAUUGAUUUUCUUGGUACAGGAAAUUAUUGCAAUCAAAUUGUUCAAACACAAACUGUUCAUUCGAAUAGAUCAGUAAUAGAUAUUAUAGAUAUUAACAAUGCCAUUAAACAACAGCAAAAUUAUCAAGAAAAUGAUCAACAUUUUAUGACAUUUCAAAGUUCAUUGAAUUAUCAGAAUCAUCAUAAUAACGGUAAUCACCACAAUCGUUAUUCGCCUACACAAUCACAUCAUUCAUUCCCGGGAAUAGAAUCUGUUUCUCAACAACAAAACAACAGUAUUAUGAAUUUAGAUCUUGUAAUGGCAACCACGACAAAUACAAAUACACCCAGUACAAAUCAAACAGGACCAAUAGCCAUAUCAAUGACAUCAGCCGGAUCAAAUAAUUCACAAAAAAAUGGUAUCAAAUCCAAUUCAAAUGUUAGUAGCAAUCAUAAUGAACAUUUACAAAAACGAUCUUAUAUAACAUCUGAAGAUUUUGAUUCACUUACAAAUGCCAAAUCAAACAAUCAUCAUCAAGCAAAUCAUGAUCAAUAUUCGAAAGCCCUGUACCUAGCAUCAUCGAAUUUAUCCAAUGAACAUUCAAUAAAUAAUGUUGAAAUUCAACCAUUUUUUAAAGAUCAAUCUGGCCGUUAUGUAAUGCUUUAUACAUUUGUUGCAAGAGAUGAAAAUGAUAUCAGUGUUGAACGUGGUGAAAUCAUUACUGUACUGAAUAAAGAUGAUCAAGAUUGGUUUUGGGUGAUGCGUUCCGAUUCACAGGAAGGAUUUGUACCGGUUUCAUUUACAUAUCCAAUCGAUUUAUUAUUAAAUGCUCAUCAUGUUCAGACGAUGACGUUAGCCAAUGGUCAUAUACACGGUCAAACACAACAAAUAUGCCAAACAUACCGUACACAUAUCGUUCAUGAUUAAUUAAAAAAUGUGAAUAUUUAUUGUAUAUCAAAAAGAUUUUGCAAAUGAAACAAAAACAUAAAGUUUUGGAUUUGGAAUCACUUAUAAAAAAAAUAUUGCAUAAAUGAUUA